AGGGCCAAGGUGUUGCUCAAUGACACAGCUGAAAAACUUGCCUAAUAGCAGCACAAGGUUCACUCGGCAGCUGUCACAUCAGUUGUGUUUUCUGAGCUUUAACGAGCAAUUCGGCAUAAAGGAAACCACAGUUGCGUGGCGCUCUCUGACCAGCGAUGGAUUACGCUAUCAAGUCUCUCAGCCUCUUGACCCCGUCAACCUUCUCCAAAUGUGUGACCGCCAGCGUGUCAGCCAGUGCCUCCAUGACCCAGCAGCUUCUGUCCGGCCGAACACCUUCGCCCAAACCUUUCCGGGUGACUAACGCUGACCGCAGCUUGAAGAAGGGCAUCAUGGCUUAUGCACUCGAUGACCUCAUCGACAAGGUGAGCGACUCCUUAAAUGUGCUGUGUGCCAGCGGACUGGUGCUGGAUGAAGACGGCACGUGCGUGGACACACAGGAGUUCCUCGUGGCGCUGCCUGAGAACACUGUUCUCAUGGUGCUGGAGAAAGGACAGAAGUGGACCCCAUAUCAGAACAGCCCCUCCAGAGACGAGCUCAGCAAGCGCAGGCUGACUCCCCGGACAGAUGUGGUCAAGCUGACCUUUGACCUCUACAAAAACAACCCCACGGAUUUCAUUGGCUGCUUGAAUGUCAAAGCCACGCUGUAUGGUGUCUAUUCGGUGUCCUAUGACCUGCGCUGCUACGCGGCCAAAAAUAUGUUGAAGGAGGCGUUGCGAUGGACGAUCUUCUCCAUGCAGGCCACUGGCCACGUCCUGCUGGGCUCCUCCUGGUACAUGGAGCAGCUUCUGGAGGAGGAAGAGGGGUUAGAAGAGAGAGGAGAAAAGGCCCUGGCCUUUCCCCGGGAGAGCAGAAUAAGGCAGCUGCAGAACUUGCUGCUGGGUCGAGUCGCAAACUGAGGUUGGACUCUGCAUGUCUGUUUUCCCCCCGCAAGAGCGUCCGAAACUGUUUACAUCUCCCAGCUGAAGAGACCGCAGCUGCAACACCAUAAUCAAAUAAUGUCAUCCUAUUGAGAUGAGUGAAUAAAACGAAGCACUUUUAAUUUCAAACUGUUUUGAGCCUACGGUCAUGAAUGGCAACAGGUCCAGCGGUCUCUCCCACGCUGCCUUAAUUGUCCCCAGCUUUCACUGUUCUGUCAUCUGCAGCCUGCUUGAGGAGCGCAGAAGCAAACCAUUACCCAGAGAUUUCUGCUGCACAAGUGUCACUUUGACCAUCUUAUCAAAGAUGCCCUCAGAAUCUGAACAGCUCUUUGACUAAUUGUUAGAAGUACUACUCCUUUUUUAAUGUAACUGUUAUUUAUAAAUAAUAGUGAUGUAAGGGUAGAAGGUUGAUCUUAAGUCCAGUAUCAAAAUGUCCAGUUUAUGAACUGCUGAUACCAAUAGAAAUGUGCACGUUUUGUAUUUCUUUGAAUUUCCUUAUAUUAAACUGUUUAUCUGCAUAUGCACACAAUA